UUGAAAUCACAAGCGGCUUUACUCUCGCCGGAUGUGCGAGCCAGCCUCAUCUGCCAUUUUUCUGCAUGGACAAACUUCUCCAGUGGUUUGCCCUUUGGGUUGGAAGUCCGGUUGUUGCUGACUGGGUUGUAUUUGUUUGGAGGCCACCCUGUGUGCAACAUCUGAGGAGUCAGGACUGUUCCAGCCUGCCUGGAGUGGAGGAGCAGGAGACCAUCUGCAUAGCCUCCACUGUGAACAUCAUGGCCAUAGUGCAGACCCUGCCUGUCUCCAUUGAAUCUGCCUCUGAAGGGGCUGCCCAGCUCCACAACAGUGCCUGCCCAUCCCCCACAGCCAUGGGCAGUGUCAGCAGCCUCAUCUCAGGCCGGCCUUGCCAUAAGGCCACCACUGAGUUUGGCCCUUUCCGACUGCCCGGUGGAGCUGGCUCCCAAGAGGCCCUGUGCCAUGGGCAUGCCGCCAAGAAGAACAGCUAUGCCUACGCAAGCGAAGAGGACUGGGCCGAAGCCGUGUCUCCCAUCAGCCCCUGCAGUGACGCAGAGGAUUUGCAGGAUGACAGGCCCCGGGUUGGCACCAUCCGUGGACCACCGCCCAAGUUGGUGCCUGUCUCGGGGAAACUUGAGAAGAACAUGGAGAAGACACUAAUCCGCCCGACAGCCUUCAAGCCAGUCAUGCCCAAGAACCGCAAUCUCCCGCUGCAGAGCCACUUGGCGCUGCGACCUGGUACCUCGGUGCUCUCUGAGAGCCAAGCUAGCCUGGCCCAGCUCCUUGGUGGCACCCCCGCAGGCAGUGCUGAGAAGCACAACUCCCUGAGCUGCCGCACCAGCUCCCACUCGGGAACCAUGUCAGACUCUGGGCGCAACUCCCUCUCAAGUCUGCCCACAUACAGUACUGGCUGCAGCCAGCAGAUGGAGCCAGUCAACAUCUCCAUGGGCCACAUCAACCUUGACAGCCACGGCAGCAGCAGUUCCCGGGGUCUCACCGGCCCGUCGAACUCAGACAGUGGGCGGUCGUCGUCAAGCAAGAGCACGGGAUCCCUGAGCGGCCGCGGGCAUCAUUCCUCGGACAGCGGCUCCUGUGGGGGGCGCUCCCCAGUGCACAGUGGUGCUGAGGAAGCCCUCCUUGUUCAUGAGCUGGAGGAGAAGCUGCGGGAGCGUGACGCUGAGCUGCAGCAUCUGAGAGAGAGCUUGGAUGAGAAUGAAGUGGCCAUAUGCCAGGUGUACGAGGAAAAGCAAAGGCGCUGCGAGGAGGAGAUGGAGGAGCUGCGGCAGGGCUACAGCGCCAAGCUGCAGCAGUCGGUGCAGAAGGCCCAGCGCAGCCAGCAGGUGCUGCAGCUCCAAAUCUUCCAGCUGCAGCAGGAGAAGAAGAAGUUGCAGGAGGAUUUUGCCCAGCUGCUGGCCGAGCGUGAGCUGUUGGAGAAACGCUGCGCCUCCUUCGAACGGGAGCACACGGAGCUGGGGCCCCGGUUGGAGGAGACCAAAUGGGAGGUGUGCCAGAAGUCAGGUGAGAUCUCGCUACUAAAACAGCAGCUGAAGGAGUCGCAGUCGGAGGUGGCUCAGCGGGGCAACGAGCUGGUGCUACUACGGGCCCAGUUGAGGGAUGCACGGGCUGAGAUGCAGGCAAAUGAAGAGCAGGCGCUGGGCUUGCAGGAGGUGGCUCGCACCAAGGCGUUGGAGCUAGAGGUGUGUGCCAAUGAGCUGGCCAGGCGCAAGAGCGAGGCGGAGCUGCUGCGCGAGAAAGUGGGGCGGCUGGAGCGCGAGUUGGACGGACUGCGCAGUGCAAGUGGGGAACUCUGCCCCCUGCUGGCCGAGUGCGAUGAGGCAAAAGCCCAGCGGCAGGCAGCGGAUACCCUGCAGGGCUUCCGCGCCCAGGCUGAGCGGCUGCGCACGGAGCUGCUGUGUGAGCGCCGCCGCGGCGAGGAGCAGCGGGAGGCUUUCCACGCCGAGCGCAUCACUUGGCAGGGCGAAAAGGACAGGGUCAUCCGCUACCAGAAGCAGCUGCAGCAUAACUAUAUCCAGAUGUACCGGCACAAUCGUGACUUGGAAUGCCAGCUGCGCCACCUCAGCUUCGAACUUGAGGCCCGAGACAUGGAUGAGUACGAGAUGCACGGGGGCGAAGGCAUCUGCUUUGAGGAGAUUGCCGCUACUGAAAUCUGAACGUGCCCCGUGGAAGCCUUUGCGAGGGGGCCACCCGGCCACAAAGGGAUGCUGGCCGCUGAGAUUGGCGCAUGCUCACCAGGGACUCCCAUGUGACUUCAGGAGUUGAGAAAGGAGUGAACCUGGGAACAGUGGUGGAGGGAGUUACCUUCUGUAAAGCACAGCCAUGAAUCCCAGGGGGUAGCACUUGUUCCGUCACUUAACAUGGCCGGGGUUCCGAUAUGAGGACUCUCCCCCCUACACCCCACCAGCUCAGCAGAUUUCACUGCCAUUGAGAUUAGAUUGGGGUCUGAAGCUGGGGCUUUCUCCUAAAGGGUGUAAGGAGCGGAUUAAGGCUUUUCACCUGUGCUUUCCAGACCUGCCUUGGAGAAAGGAGAGGCCACCCUCUCUAAACUUUUCCUUUGGAAAGCAGCAGCAGCAGCAGCAGCAGCCACCUUUGUUCUGCCUGCUUUGGGAUGCGGCUCUUGGAGGCUGUUGCCAUCCAGGUCCCAGUGCUACUUGGCUUCCAGCAAGAGGCUGGCUGUGGUGAAAAAUGGGCCCCGCUGAGGAUGCGCUGUGGGCAGGAGGGUGAAGGGGUGUUGCUGUUCAUGCUCUCUUCCUCCCUUACCUCUAUGAAGUGACCCAAUUGCCCCCCAGGUGCCAAUCGCUGGAAAUUAGGCUGAGGUGGCUGUGUUAACAGCCUAUUAGCUGCUGAUCCACUUAGUUCAAUUACCGUCGCCUGUUUUUAGGCUGUCUGCAGAAGCUUUUUUUUUUUUUAAA